UCAAAGCAGAAGAAGACGGUAGUUGCGGGAAAACUGAAGCGGAUGAUUCUCAUGUUGGAGGCUCCAAACUGCAAGAAAACAGGUAGUUUUAGCAAUAUUUAUGGAUAUGUACAGUUAUUUACUUGCGCGAUUUGUUUCUUCUUAUGAGAUGUUAGUCUGUCGGGGUGUUUUUGUCGAUUGUCCGAGUCUCAGAAGUUUCAGAACAGAGCUAGUUAUGUAAGUUACACCCCCAAAACAGAGACAGCUAGCCAGCCUGAUGUCGAGAUUUAACUACUUUAAGCGACCGUGUACGAACAUUAAACGGUGUUUUAUAAAGUUGCCAAUAUAUGUAAUCAGUGGCUUUUGACUGACUUCACAAUGCCGCUUCAUUGCGUGGUCGCUGUUUUCAACGUAAUGAUGCUUUAAUAUCAGCAGGCAGACUACUUUUUGUGUAUAAUUGAAGCACUUGUGCCAUUUAUAUAAUAACUUAUUCAAUUGAUGAGAAAAUAGUUGUGCGGUUUCCACUGAGCCCAGUACAAAUAAAACAUCGCGUCUCAGACAACAUGAUUUUCUGCAACAUAACCGAAUCUAUCCUCCUAUUGUCCAGAUAUCUGCCAAGCUAACAGUGCAUGCUGUGUGUACAGUGAGCAAAGUACACGCAAUGAAUAGUUAAACAUUCAGUCAACAAUAGGUUGUAAAGGUAGGCUCCAUGCAUUCAUGCCAAGCAGGUUGGAUUUUAUUUGCAGGAUCAUCCGAGUCAUCGGUAGAACUCUUUGGACUUCAUCUCAUUCAGAAUGACUCAGACAAAUUCCUUGCACAUGCAUAGAAGCUUGAACGUGCUACCCCAGUACUGAAGCCACUUCAUUACCUCCCAGUACAUCUCUGACUUGCUCAUUGUCUGUAACCCUCAGUCUUUUAGAAUCACCAUGAAAACCCCAAAAGUCUCAGAUGUCAAGAAAGGGAUUUCGGCGCUUUGGGAGACUCUGCAGUGUCCCAUUUGCUUGGAUUUAAUGACUGCUCCGGUAUCUACUAAGUGUGACCAUCAAUUCUGCAAAUUUUGCAUGAUGAAACUUUUGGACAAAUCCAAACAAAACAAAGCCAACUGCCCCGUGUGUAAAAGCACAGUCACCAAAAGGAGCUUACAGGAGAGCCCUGGGUUUCAGAAACUUGUCGCUGGUUUGCAGGACAUGAUCCAAGCAUAUGAGCAUGACACUGGCACAAACUACUUCACUGGAACAUCCCAGCAAGGGCGAUGUGCAGGUGUCACAGGUGCAGAAACUACUAAAGGAGCUCUGACAUCUGGAGAUGCAUGUGGCACUGACAUUGACAAUGAACAAAAUGCACUCUUUGGUGAUCUUCCAGAAUCCCACUCCUCAACUAUUGCAGCCCGGAAUGGAUUUGCAAGACUCAUGGGGCUUGAAGAUUCCGCUCCUUUGACGACAGAAAAUGAAGCUCUGGAUAGCGGGCUUGGUGAUGCUCCACUAACGUCUGACAAGAAAAUGUCCAGCCCCACAGACAACAGGGAACCAGUGAAAGCUGAAAUGUCAGACGUUGUGGCGAAUACUUCAAAAACGCGUAGGAAUAGAGGCAAAAGGAGCCGGGAGAAUGCCUCCCUUUAUUCAUCAUUCAUUCCAGAUGAAAACGAAGACCAAUCCCAAAGAAAGUCCUCGAGGAAGAAGCAGAAAAAAGAUGUGGAGCCCGACAAGAUCCUUGACCAUAAGCGUAAGAAAAGUUUAGAGAAGGUUGCAGAGUGGCUCAUGAAAGUUCCAGCUGAAGGAAGUCUUGAGUUAGAAAAACCAGAUGAAAACUCUGAUGACUCUGACAGCUGUUCCUCCGCUUCGACAAUAGAUAUCAGGCAAUGCAACAGUGAACUGAAUCCGAAGAAAGAAGAGCGGGCCAAAGCCCUCGAAGAGCAGGUGUUUGGGGCUGUCUACAGACGAAAAGUGAACAGGAACGUCUCUCCUCCGCUUAAAGUUUUUACAGAGCCAUCGAUAGCUGAAGAAAUAUUGAAGAGUGAAGAUGCUUCCAGUGUUAGAGAGGAAAACGGUUUUGCUUCUUUUGCAAAAAUAAACGAAAGUAACGUGGAGGGUGAGCAGCAAAUGACAGAAGAAAUAAAUGAUGGCAGUGGCAUUUGUAAAUCAGCAGAACAGAUGGAGAUCGGGACAGAAAUUGAUACAGGCAUGCAUGCGGACGAGUUCAACAACUUUCCAGAAAGUCACCAAAACAGAGGCAGAGAUGACGUUUCCAGUGUUGUGCCGGAUAAUGUAGAACAACAACUGGGGAGGAAGACGAGGAAAAGGACGUGCAACGUUCUGCAACAGGUAGACAGCGACUUACAAGAGCAAGCUCGGGCAAAAUCAGAGGGUGGUGAGCAAAAGAAAACUGACAAAAGGAAAGGUAGAAACACAAGAUCCGAAAAAGGCAAGCCCUCCAGAGUGCCGAAACCCCUUGUCCUCGUUGGAGUUCAGAAUGGAGAAACCAGCCCUGUUAUUAGAAUGAGAGCAGAAGAAGUUCAGGUUCAAAUUGAGAAUUACCCUAGCAGCGAGGACCAAGUAACUCCUGUCAUUAAGAGCAGUAGGAGAAGCAGAAGACUUCAGCUGUUUGCUGAGGAAGUCCAGGAGGGUCACAAGCAGGCGAGCGAGAAAGCUAAGGCAACUGAAGGAAACAGCAGUGUGGCAAAGCAGCCGGAACAUGCUAAUGGCGAAGCGCUUGAUGAUGUAAAUAAGGUGGUAAAGUCAGCUAAAAAAAAUGGAUGUGUUUAUAAUGAAGACAUAGGAGAGAUUGAAAACAUAGAGUGUGCUGAGAGAACAUCGAAUCUGAGGCCAACAGAAGCUGUUAAAGAGUUAAAUGCUGCCUCAGGCUCUGCUCAGCUAGAUGAUGCAGCCGUGGUUGAAAGUGACAAUCAAAACAGUAUUCGGUCACAGGCCUCGGUUUGUAAAACUAAAUGUACCGAAACAGAAAACGAGGAGGACAGGAACGACAGUGAGCUCGACACGGAGCAACUUCUCAAGAGCUUCAAAGCAACUAAAAGGAAAUCUUUCUAUCUUGGAAGUCCAGACGUGAAAAGCAGCCGCGGUUCAGACAAAGACGCCAUCAAAGAACCAGAGAAGAAACAUGAAGGUUGUUCUGGUGUUGAAUCUGCAGAAAAGGCUUUAGGAGACUCCAGCAAGUCCUCUUAUGAUUUCAUCUCUCCUUCCAACUCACCGGUCCAGCCGAGAAUACCUGUUUCUGAGAAACGGGAUCCGGCAGCAGUGGAAGCCUUGAUCUCUGAACAAAACUGUUCAGGUCGCUUCAGGAGUAGUCCUAGCAGUGGACUGAGUCCUAACAAGGAGGCAAAACGUGGUGCAGAAAGUCCUCCUCUUUCUGUGGUCCCUCAGGUCGUAGAUUCUGGUCUCCGCUUCACAGCCGUUGAAUGUGAUGAGCUAAAGGAAGCCUCUCAAAACACAGAGAGUCGGGCUGACUGUGAGGAUGUGAAGGGGAUAAAAGAUGACGCACCUGCCACUUUAAAGUGUUCCUCAGUCAACACAGCUGAACAUAGGGGAGUUCCAGAGUCUUCUUUGACCCCUGAUGACCUUAUCGCGUCACCGGUCCAAACUAUCCACAAAGCAGAGAUUAACAGCAACGGUAGUGGAGAGGUCAGCAUCAACUCCUCCAUCAAUAGGAAGCCGAGGAGGAAGAGAAAGGCUCAGAGACUGGAGCCUUCAUCCGAGUCCGAUAGCAGUGGAUCCAAAGAAGAAUUACCCACUCUGACACAAAUCUUUGGAACAUCAGCUCGUCCCUCCGCUCGGAAUCAGAAUCGGAGCGACUCCGGUGAAGAAGACAGAUGCGAGGGAACAGCUGAUGCAGCAGAUCGGUUACCACCUGCAUGCCCCAGCCCCGACUGCGUUGAUUCCAGUCAAGCAUCUGUGGACUUGUUCGGCACGCCAGAAGAAUCAGGUGACGUUCCAGUAAAUGACACCAGUGUUACCAUAGAAUCGUCACAGUUUUCAAGCGAAGUCCUUGUUACACAGCAAAAGAUAGAAAUGCAGAAGGAGCUGGUGAGGCUGGAGAAGCUGAUGGCCCUGGUCUCAGAGGUGCUUCAGGAGAAAGAGAGCAGUCCUUCCAAAGAAAUCCCCCCACAAACCCAUCAGAGCACCAGAGACAUGGGCCCAGACGCUCACAGACAGCUUCCUCGUGACCAGGACGCAGGGCACGCCGCAGACAGGAAAGAUGUUCCAGAAGCGGGACCGAACCUAAACCCAGAACCAUCUGAUUGCAAAGGUGUUCCCGAACCCAACCCGUCAGAGCCUGAAGGUGACACACAGAUGGCAGCGCAGAAGUCUGCGCAUAAAGGGGUCGGUGUCAAAGGCACUGGAGUCUCCAAAACACCGUCUUCAACUUCAGCAGCUAAGACUCAGAAGGACAGCAGUUCUCUGUCCGACGGGCAAGAAGACAAAGAAAAUAACAGCCCUCCAAAAGACGCAUGCAAAGCUAAGCUGGUGCUUGUGUCAUCAGGAUUGGGCCCAAAUGAGCAGAUUAUGGUGAAAAAGUUUGCCAAGAGAGUUGGUGCCCGUGUGGUUUCCCAGGUAACACCAGAAGUGACUCAUGUCAUCAUGCGUACAGAUGAACAGCUGGUAUGUGAGCGCACACUGAAAUACUUCCUGGGAAUUGCAGGCAGGAAGUGGGUGUUGAGUUUCCAGUGGAUUUCUGAGUGCUUCAAACAAAAGAAAGUCUUAGAUGAGAGUCCGUUUGAGGUGAGAGGGGAUGUGGUGAAUGGGCCCAACCACCAGGGCCCCUCAAGAGCUCGGACCACUGAAGACAGUAAUCUGCUCAUGAAGGGCUUCAGCAUCUGCUUCCAGGGGCCUUUUACAGACAUGACUGCAGAUAAAAUGGAGUGGAUGGUGGAGCUCUGUGGAGCCGCUGUAGUGAAAGAUCCACUUCUACUCGAUGGUAAACAGAAGUCCCGGCAGCUCGUCAUUGUACAGCCUAAACCAGAGUCAUCAUCUUCAACUUACAACAGUCUUUCCAAACAAGCUACUGUUGUAACCCGUGGUUGGUUGUUGGAUACAGUUGCAACCUACACCCUUCAAAAUUACAGCAGCUACAGAACAUAACCCAAGGAACCCAGAGAUCUUCCCACGGCUUCACUAUGUCCUCUUAUGGGGAAUUUAACUGUUCCAUUUUUUGUUUUUCCAAAAUAUCCACCUGUUAUACAUAUUUCUGUGUCUCUCAUUGUAUGAUGUAUAUAAAGUACUCGACUAAAGAG